AUGCCGCAUGCCCAGGUGUUGAUCCCUCAUGAUGAACUUCGCCGGAUAGAAGAAAUCAUCACGGCCAUUCACAAUCUAAGACUGCGACUUUCGGCAAACGAAGAGCUCCAAGAACAUGCGGGUCAACUACUUGAUUACCUGCAGGACUUACAACGAGACUUAUCAAUUGCAUCGCCCGACAAAGCGUUCGGCCGACUACAGCCACUACGGGACAUGAUCUUCUGGCUGCCACCCCUCAUCCUACAGGGUCCUGACCCCGAUCUGGGACCGUUGGCUCUACUCGCACAUCUUUACGGCAGUGCGCUUGCGAUUGAACCACUGUUUCCAGAGAUUGGGGGCGCGUACCUCGGAAGCAUGUCCAUUGGACCACUGGAGAAGAUUCAUGACAUGCUGAGAACAAGGCGUGCGACACAACCCCAAGACACGAGCAUCUCUCUGGCCUUAUCUCUUAUGGAGGUGCCAAUACAGAUAAUGACUUCAUACAGACUAAGGCAGAGACAUAACAGCCAGGGGAAUCAGGGCAUUGAGGGCUAUCACCAUUCUCCGCAAGGAAGUCCCUAUGUGGGCCCUCGCAUACCGAUUGCUACUCCUAACUCAGACAGCUCAGCUGUCCCUGUCUACCCCAAUUCACCGCUACACGCGCCCGGCAGUCUGUCCAUGCCCGGAUCGUCAUACUUCCAAGCGGCUCUGGCGCCUGUGGAACCACGGCGAGAAUCGUCAAUAUCAUCGAUAUCGUCGAUGGGGCGUACCCCUCCCAUGAGUGACCCUCGGAGCCUCGCCUCAAGCAGCCCACAUGCCCUGGGUAUGGUGUAUGGAUCUCCAGCUACACACCCGCGAAGCAGCCACGAGCUUUCAGGGUCAAGAAUGGACUACUUUGGACAAAUUCAAGCACCGUACAAUCAAUACGGCAGCAUGAACAUGAAUACUCGGUUCGUCGCUCCUUCACAACUCUGGACUUGA